AUGACCUAUCAUGUGUCACACCUUAUCACCGUGCCAGCCACCAUCGAAGGCAUCAACAUUGACGCCAUCUUGGACACUGGGGCCGCUGUAAAUAUAGCAUCCGGUGAAUUCGCACGCCGUUCAGGACAACCUAUACGACCAGCAACGUCGGCAGUGCGCGGUGUUAAUGGUGAACUGGCAAGCAGUGAGGGAGUGGUGGAACUUGCGGUGAACAUAGGGCCCGUACACGUGCAGGCUACGUUUGUUGUGCUCACAGGCUGCCCAUACGACAUUUUAUGUGGACUACCUUUUUGCACGGACUCGAAUUUGGUGCUGGACUUUCCAAAUAAUGCAGUUUUUCUACAAGGACAUUUUUUCCCGCUUCGCCUGGAUGAUGAUAUCUCCCCGCCGUUGGGGGACAAGGAACCCAUCCGCGCGCACUGUACACGACAAACGAAGGUACCACCCCACUCCGAGGUCCUCCUCGAAGUUUCUAUAGCCAUGAAUGGGACAUUCGUUGUUGAACCUGAAAUAAAGCUUAAGGACACGCCCCAGCCUGUUGUAGCCCGCACACUAACCAACGUGUCAUGUAACAGGGGAUUCGUUCGCAUUGCAAACCCGUCGCCGUCCGCGCUUACGAUUGCACGAGGUGCCACAAUUGGUAGAACCACGCCCCUGCAGGAAGUAGAGAUCAGCACGUCACACGCCAAGAGGUCACAUGGCCGCCUACAAGACGUUGAGAUCAGCGACAAUGUCCCAGCAGAAGAGAAAGAGGCCAUCCGAGCGUUACUACAGCAAUACAGCCACCUCUUCUCCACCGACGAGAGCCCAGUGGGAUUGACUCAUGUGAUCGAGCACGAGAUCGAAACGGGCAACGCCAGGCCAAUUCAUCAGAAUCCCUACAGAAAGGCAGUAUUCGAACGUCAGGUGAUCGAGGAACAAGUCAACGAAAUGCUGCGGAAGGGCGUGAUACGAGAGUCGUCGAGCCCGUGGUCUUCACCGGUAGUGCUUGUUCGCAAGCGUGAUGCCUCCUGGCGAUUCUGUGUUGACUUUAGGCGCCUGAAUGCUGUGACCAAAAAGGACGUUCACCCUGUAGAGGAGGUGGAGUUCCUCUACAUGAGCCCCGACCGGCGAUGCUGGUAUGCCACGGAGAGGCGGUGA